AUGAGUAAUGCUUUCCCCUGGAUUUGUUGGUUCCUCUGGAUUUCACGGAACCAGUUGCUAAUUGAAAAGCGACCAUCGACUCCAGAGACGAUAAUUCUACGAGCCAUCACCGCAAUCAAGGAAUGGGAUAGUGCACAAUUGCUCAUCAAGAAGCCCCUCCCAAAGGCCCCGAUUAAACCCCUGAUUGCUCAGAGCCUCAACCUUCAUCCCCUCACAAUCCGAUGUAAUACGGAUGCUGCUUGGAAAGCGGGAGAAGCAGGCCUGGCCUGGAUCUUUACAGACAGUGAAGGAGUGGAACUGAAUCGGGGAUCACAACACAAGGAUCAGAUCUCGUCGGCUUGCAUGGCGGAAGCGAUGGCCAUCAGAAGCGCCCUACUCCACGCAAUCGAUCUCCACAUCAAUCAUAUCUGGCUACGGUCAGACUCGCAAGUGCUCAUCAGAGCGAUAUCAUCAGGAAAGCAUCCGGCCGAGCUCUACGGAGUACUUUCGGAUAUUUCGUCGAUCACCCGUCUCUCCUUUUUUCGGUUUCGUUUUCUUUCAUCAAAAGGGAUCGUAAUCGGCUAG